AUGCGAGACUUCCUCACCACAGCAGGAGUCACUCAUCUGGAGAAUGCUGGAGCUGCAAGAGGGAAAGGCCCAGUCCAACAACAGAGAGAAGCCAAGAGGAAAAAAGCAAGCAGACCAACGGCACUGAGGAAAGCACGGGGCAGAAAGUGCUUCAGAACUAAUAACAAGGGAACUUGA